AUGGAAAGAUUGAACUCAAAGCUGUAUUUGCAAAACUGUUACAUAAUGAAAGAAAACGAGAGGCUGAGGAAGAAAGCACAGCUUUUGAAUGAAGAAAACCAGCAACUAUUAUGUGAGUUGAAGAAGAAGCUUUCAAAGAAUGGUGGAAAUCAGAAAAAUGGUCCAAAUACCAAUUUUGACCUUAACCUUAGUUCUGGUUCUGGUCAAAACAAUGCAAGUUAA